UAACAGCUCUAUAUUCUCAUGGUUACUUUGUUUUGAAUGAGGAAUUCUCCCUGGGUUUACUUGAGGCUCCUCCCAUUUGUACGUAUUAUAAGGGUUUGAAGGCAACAGAGUGUCUUUGCAGAAGUGAAAAAUGGCUGUUGUUGAGUCUCUGCUGUAUAUUCCAGGUGUCGCAGGUACAUUACUGGGAGCUUUGCUGUUGUUAUUGCUCUUAUCUCGCCUUUCCUCAGACUACAAAUCUCAGAAAGAAGGGAAAGAGCCACCGGGACCCAAACACUUGCCACUAUUGGGAAACCUGCUGACACUUGACCUAACGAGACCUUUUGACAGCUUUUGUGAGCUCUCUAAGACCCACGGGAACAUAUUCCAAGUAUUUUUGGGUCCUAAAAAAGUUGUGGUAUUAGUUGGGUACAAAACCGUCAAAGAGGCUCUUGUCAACUAUGCAGAUGAGUUUGGGGAGCGAGAUAUUACACCUGGUUUCAGGAUACUUAAUAAUGGUCAUGGGAUAAUUUUUUCCAAUGGAGAGAACUGGAAAGAAAUGCGACGUUUUGCUCUCAGCAACCUUCGGGACUUUGGGAUGGGCAAGAGAGGAAGUGAAGAGAAAAUCAUAGCUGAAAUUCAAUAUCUGAAAAGAGAAUUUGAUAAGUUUGAAGAGAAACCCUUUGACACGACACAGCCUGUGAACUACGCUGUGUCAAACAUCAUCUCAUCUAUCGUGUAUGGCAGCAGAUUUGAAUACACUGACCCUCGAUUCACUGAAACGGUCAACAGAGCAAAUGAAAAUGUCCGGGUUAGUGGAUCGGCAUCUAUGAUGCUAUACAAUAUAUUUCCAUGGUUGGGUCCGUUCCUAAACAGCAAAAGGAUUAUUAUGAGGAAUUUGAUGAAAAAUAGAGCAGAAAUUGUGAAAUUAAUAACUGGACUGCAGGAGACUCUAAAUCCACAUGACCCAAGAGGGUUUGUCGACUCCUUUCUCAUCCACAAACAGAGUGAUGAGAAAUCCGGCAAGAAGGACUCAUACUUUCACCAUGAGAAUCUUCUCAUGUCGGUGGGAAAUCUUUUUGUCGCUGGUACUGACACCACAGGAACAACUCUGCGCUGGGGUUUGAUGCUUAUGGCCAAAUACCCUCAUAUACAGGCUCGAGUUCAGGAGGAGAUUGACAGAGUGAUCGGUGGACAUCAGCCAGUGGUGGAAGACAGAAAGAAAUUGCCAUAUACAGAUGCUGUGAUUCAUGAAACCCAGAGACUGGCAAACAUAGUACCCUUGAAUCUCCCUCAUAUGACCAGCUGUGACGUUACCUUCAAUGGAUACUUCAUCAAGAAGGGCACCACUGUAGUCCCUUUGCUGACGUCUGUUUUGAAGGAUCCAAACGAAUGGAAAAAACCAAACAGCUUUUACCCAGAACACUUCCUUGAUGAGAAGGGCCAGUUUGUGAAUAGAGAUGCUUUCAUGCCCUUUUCUGCAGGCCGCAGGAUGUGUCUUGGAGAGAGUUUGGCCAGGAUGGAGCUCUUCCUGUUCUUCACUUCCCUCCUUCAGAGCUACCGCUUCACAACUGCACCUGGAGUGUCUGGAGAUCAGCUGGAUCUCAAAGGAGUAGUCGGAAUAACGUUGAAUCCGUCUCCACACAAGCUGUGUGCGAUCAGACGCUCCUGGUAUUAUAUUUACCAAUGGAGAGAGAUGAGACGGUUUGCUCUCACCAACUUACGAGACUUCGGGAUGGGAAAGAAAAAAAUUGAGGAGAAAAUCAUAGAGGAAACAUGCCAUUUACUAGAGGAAUUUGAGAAGUUUGAAGAAAACCCUUUUGAAACCACACAGCUGAUGAACUACGCUGCCUCAAGUGUCAUCUGUUCCAUUGUGUAUGGACGCAGGUUCGAGUAUACAGACCCUCAGCUACGGAGUAUGGUGGAUCGAGCCAAUGAGAGCGUCAGGCUGAGCGGGACAGCAUCCGUGCAGCUCUACAACAUGUUUCCUUUCUUAGGUCCAUGGCUCAAGAAUUUGAAACUAAUCAUGAAUAACCUAGCACUCGAUGUCAAAGAGAUAUCAGAGGUGGUGAGCAGUUUACAUCAAACACUGAACUCGCAGGAUCUCAGAGGCUUUGUGGAUUCAUUCCUCAUCCGCAUGCAGAAUGCAGAGGAAUCGGGAGAGAAGAACUCACUUUUCCAGAAGCAGAACCUUAUUUUCACAGUCGCCAACCUAUUCGUCGCUGGUACAGACACUACUAGUACAACACUGCGCUGGGGCUUGCUGCUUAUGGCCAAAUAUCCACAAAUACAAGAUCGGGUUCAGGAGGAGAUUGACCGGGUGAUUGAUGGACGGCAACCGGUAUCAGACGACAGGAAGAACUUACCGUAUACAGACGCUGUGAUCCAUGAAACCCAGAGAUUUGCAAACAUAGCACCCAUAAGUAUCCCACAUAUGACCAGCUGUGAUGUUCACUUCAAUGGAUACUUCAUCAAGAAGGGCACAUGUGUAUUUCCUCUUCUAAUGUCUGUGCUGUGGGAUGAGGAUGAAUGGGAAACACCCCAGAACUUUAACCCCCAACACUUCCUGGACAAUCAGGGGCGAUUUGUGAAGAGAGACGCCUUCAUGCCCUUCUCUGCAGGCCGCAGGGCUUGUCUUGGAGAGAGUUUGGCCAGGAUGGAGCUCUUCCUGUUCUUCACCUCCCUCCUUCAGCGUUUCCGCUUCACUCCUCCUCCAGGAGUGUCUGAAGAUGAGCUGGAACUCAGUCCAGCGGUGGGCUUCAGCUUGAACCCGACCCAACAUAAACUGUGCGCAGUCAAACGAACUCUUUUACAGUAAAGUUGAUGAAUUAUUUUGCGUUCAAAAAAAUACAGCCUGCAAUACAUUUGUGUUCAUUCUUUAUAUGCAAGGUGAAAGCUCAAAAAUCAUUAUUUCAUUUCGUUCAGCAUUCACCAAAACAAACAAACAAAAACAACAACAAUU